CGGUAAGUAGUUAGUUGUACAUGUGGUGGUUGAGUGGGGUGGGUAUGAGAAUAAUAUAUCUAUGUCAAUGGAUGUAAAUAUGAAAAUCCUUUUCACAAUGAGAAAUGGGUAACUGGUGGACAUGAAAAUAUUAGACCAAUACUCCGUAUAGGAUAAGAGGUACAUCCACCUUUCCAACUGCGUUCAGAAGGAUUCAACUCAUAUUCAUAAAACCAAAACAAAAAGUUAGACAAUACCAAAUGAAAACUGUUGAUACACCUCUUUUAAUUAAUGUCUCGCCAGCUCUUAUUAAGGCAAAGCGAGAUGUAGAAGAAGCUUUUCUCAAAAGAGAAAUUGAAAGGGACACAAGAAGUGAACAAAGGAGAGUGAGAGAGGAGAGUGAUGACACUGAGAAGUCAAAUCACUACCCCAAAGCCAUCGAAUCUGCCAAAAGGUUAAAGACGCAAUGCCCUUGCUUCCCAUACGAUGAUACGAAUUACGGAGUACUUCAGACAUCAAUAAAUCAAUCGAAAAGAGAGAAAAGAAAAUGGAAGCUUAAAAUCGAGAAACCCCACAACUCAAUUCGUGAAGAAAAGUCUCUGCGAAUCUUAUUAGUCACCCUCCUUUCUCGUUUCCUCUCCAUUCUGUCGUUUACAUUAGCUCACAGUUUCCCACCACCACCCCUUUUCUUCUUCUUCUUGCCGUUCCCCACCGUUUUUCUGAGGCAUUGUAUCGACUGUGGGUCUCCCAUGUUACCCGCCAGACCCAGAAGUGGAUUUCGCGGUUUUGUUUGAGUAUGUUCUAGAUCCACCAUACCUUUCGCAGCAAAUGAUUCGGAAUUUAUGUGAAUUGAGUGUUGAAGUGUUCUUCUGAGAAGAUCGGAGCGGAGGAGGGUUUGAUUUAGUGGUUCGUAGUUAGGGUUUGGGAUGGAAGGGAGGAUAAAAAAGUACAGGCCUUUGAGCCCGGAAAGGGCCAUAGUUUGGACUGAGAAAUCUCCGAAGUAUAGGCAGAAACAGCAGCCGCUGCCGCAGAGUGAACCACAAAGUGGUAAUAGUAAGGGUGCAAGAGUUGCUGUUGUGUAUUAUCUGUGUAGAAAUAGACAGCUCGAGCAUCCUCAUUUCAUUGAAGUCUCACCAUCUUCCCCUGAUGGCCAACUCUAUUUGAGAGAUGUAAUUGACCGGCUUAAUGUUUUGAGAGGCAGAGGCAUGGCUUCAUUGUACUCUUGGUCUUGCAAGAGGAGCUAUAAGAAUGGUUUUGUUUGGCAUGAUCUUUCUGAAGACGACCUCAUACUUCCUGCUCAUGGCAAUGAAUAUGUUCUCAAGGGUUCAGAACUCAUGGAAGAUUCAACUUUAGGGAAUUUCAGCCCGUCUAGAAAUGUAAGAUUUCAAAACCCAAAACUCCUACCCGAACCUCCAUCUGCUAGAAGUCAUGAUGGUUCGUCAUCAUCUUCCAGCAUGAACGGAAGAGGAUCAAAACCUUUACAGGAAGAUGAACUUUCUCCCUCAGUUGAACAUCCCAAUUCAUCAGCAGUAUCACCUGUGUCUAAAAAUUCCUCUUCGAAUGGUUCCUUAAGUAUGACAGAGUACAAGAAUGACUCUGGCUUGGCUGAUGCUUCCACACAGACUGAAGGAAACCCAAGCAGAAACAAUAGCGUUCGGGAGACCUGUACUAGAGGCGUUUGUACAGAUGAGGGGUUUUCUGAGCCUGAAGGCAUUUUUCGAGUUCCAAAUGGUCCCAAAAAGAAUGGGAGCAAUGGCAUAAAAGAAUCAUCUGAGAUUUGCAAAGAAUCCAUCUCCCCACCUCCUUCGUCCAGUGUAUCUUCAGGUGGUCGAACUGAUACCUUAGAAUCUCUCCUUAGAUCUGAUGUAGGUAAGCUCAACAGCUUUAGAGUUCUUGAAGAUGAAGAAUUUCGGGUUCCCACAACAAAAAUUAAGCCUUCAAAUAUGUUGAUGCAAUUAAUCUCAUGCGGGUCCAUUGCGGUGAAGGAUCACACUUUUGGCAUUAACCCUGUGUACAAGCCAAGAUUUUCACAUUCAAAGUUUCCAUCCCCACUAUAUUCAACAACCUCAUUAACCCUGGGAGAUCUUGAUUGUCUUGCUGAUAAUCCUAGAUUUAUGGGAGUGAGAUUGGAAGAUAAGGAAUAUUUCAGCGGGAGUUUGAUUGAGACAACUGUGCCCAAAGGAGUAGCUGUUCUUAGAAGGUCAUCAUCAUUUAAUGCUGACAGGACAAAUAGUCAGGUUGAUUUAGUUGAAGACAAAGAGGAUGCAUGCUCAACAGGAUUAAAGUGCAUCCCGCUAUCAAUCAUGGCUUCAAUUAGUAAACAUCCGAGAAGUGAAUCAAUGAGGUCUCCACUUUCGGAGGGUCCAAGAAUGUCAUCUGGUGGUGCAAUUACACCUACUGAUAGCAGAUCAAGAGGUGCAAGUAAGAGAAUCACAGAGCCUUUAAGAGAGGCAGAUAAUGCGAUCAAAAUCGAAGAAAGUUAAGAUUUAAAUAAUGCCCGAGUUUUUCUUCUGCUUUCCUCUUCAUGUUGGUUGGUUGAGAUCAUUUUCCUGUUUCUUCCAAACAGGCUUGCUUCAGGAGCUCGGAUUAUAAUACAGUCAAACCCUGUCUCGAAUGUCUAACAAAUUUUGAAGGGUCAAGCAUUUUGGCAUGGCCACAGCAGAUCUUUUUUAUUUUAUAACUUGAAUCACCAUUUCUUUAUUGUAAAUCUGAUCUAUAUAUAAAUAGAUAAAAACUUGAAGCCAUUUGAGUAGAUGUUGUAGAACAAUGAAUGGCAAUUGCCCCAGGCUUUGGCCUCUUUGUAUUAGAGGUAGCAGAAAGGCUUCUCUUAGGCUGCAUUGAUGCUUAUUCUGCUUAUCUUUGAAAGCAUAAUCAGAAACAUAAUCAGUUUUUCAGAAGUUCUAAAAAACUGUU